GUUGGUUGUGAAACUCUAACAGCGCGUAACACGGUUAGCCGAUUAUGAGGUGAUUCAACAAAAUACCCUGCAUACUCCUUAAGGAUACUAUUUUGUCAAACCUUUAAAUAUUUUAUUAUUCAUGUAUUUUAAUUUGUGUAACACAAAAUAUGGGAAAUCAUACAGUUAAUGAAGUCACCAACUUUUUUGAACGUGGCAGUGAUGUCGAAGAUGAUAUAAACACUUUAGCAUCUACUAAUACACAUAUUACGGAGAAUAAUCAAUCCGUCUUGGUAUCUUCUACAUCGGACACAUUUUUAGUUCCUCCUUUGCCUCCGCAUAAUCUAGGACAUGAUAAAUCAUUAUCCUCUUCAUCCAUUUCAACACCUAAUGUGGACAAUAUCAACACAAAACGACAUACUGAUUCUGUGAUGCUUCGAAGUGAUCAUAAAGAGUCUUCUCAGGUAAUCACUUCAGCCAUUGAUGGACAGGUGAAAUCUAUCAAUGAAAUGUUAUCCUACUUUUCUAAAUUAGUCAAAGCUGAAAAAACUGUUCAACAGGCUCUGUCCGAUUUACUUGAUGAUCAAAUGGAAUCAUCCGCUGUUGGCGGUGUUGGUGGUGGUGGCCAGCGUUCGAAUACCACCACUAUGCGUAAUUUAUUUAAAGCAAAUUAUUCUCGUGGACGUCGUCGUCGUUUAACCAUGAAUAUCUUGAACAAAAAUUUAUCUAAUUCAUCUACUGAUAGUGAAUUAAAUAAACUUUUACAAAAUCUUGUCAUUUCAACAAAUCAUCAAGCACGUAUGUAUUCAACACGUGCAUUAUUUCAUAAAUUAAUCACUGCUGGACAAUUAGAUAGUUUAAAUAAUUGUGAACAAUGUUUGAGACGAACUUAUCUAGAAUGUGAAGAAGAAUUGAAAUCACAAGCACGUCAGUAUAUGUUAAGCUUAAAAGCAUAUGAAAAGAAAUACUUUAAAUAUAUUGGUCAAUUGUCAAAUAUACAAUCAAAAUUAACAAAUUUAUGUGAUAAGCGUUUAAUUAAUAAUCGUAAAGUUAUCGACAGUCUAAUGAAUAAUUUGGAAUAUUCUACUAAAAAAUUGCAUUUAUUACAUAACGAAUAUUGUUUGGCAUUGAUCACUGCCAAUCAUUAUCAACAAUGGCUAUAUACACAUUUACGACCAUGUCUACUUAAAGGUGUUGAACGUACUAUGCAAUUGGCCUCGGAAGUUGUCUGGCAUCUUCUAGUUUUUGGUGGUGAAAAUAUAAAUCAUUUUCAAUCGAAUUGGCUUAAAGAAUUUCAAUCUGAAUUAGAUUUAACAAGCUUAUUAGAACAAAAUGGAGUACAAUUUCCUGGACCUGUAUAUCAUACCUUCAAUCAAGCAUUAAAUAAUAAUACAACAAUAAAUGGAAAUCUUUCUCCUAGUUCUUUAAUUGUUAAUGAUUUAACUGGACAAUCAUUAAUUGAAUUAACACAAUUGCAUAAAAAUAAGGAAUUAUUGCAUAGAGAAACCGUUAAUCAAAUGACUAAAGAAUGUUUACAAUGGGAAGAAGCAUUAUCUCAAUGGCGUGCUGUGUUUGCUAAUCCAGGUCCUAAUCCAUGGUCAUCAAAUUUAUUCAAUAUACAUUCAUCUAGUGUUUCACCAAUAGUUAACACUCCACAAGAUAAUAAUUCAAAUGGAUUUCAUAAUGUAGAUAAUUCAAAUCAUUUAGCGUUGCCUGAUAUCCAAGAUCUUUGGCAUGAUGAUCGAGCUCGACCUGUUAAUCUUUGUGAAGUAUCAUUUCGUUUAGCAAUUUGUGAAUUUGAAUUAUGUUUUGCUAAUUGUCUUGCUGAUUCAGAAGCUCAAUUAGUUAAUGUAUUAACUGAUGCUCAAUGUCGUUUGAAUUGGCUUUCAUUAAAAUUACUUACAAAUGAUCCAACUACAGGUUAUCCAAAUACACCAGCUACAUUUUUACGUGAUCCUUGUGAUGUUACUACUAAUAAUACCACUAAUGGGAAUAAUGAUAAUAAUAAUAAUAAUAAUAACGAUAUAGAUAUGCAAAAUGGGACUGAUGAUAAUUGCAGUCAAGCUUUGAAUGGUCAUGAUAAUUCAAUUCCCAUUUGUAAUCUAAGCGAUUCAUAUUCUACUGAUCUUCCUAAAUUAUUAACUGAACCAAUAUCCAAUUCACCAUUUGCAUUAUCUUUAUCUAAUACAUCUGAUAUGUCAUCUAGUAUAGAACAACAACUACAAUUACAACAACAACAACAACGUCCAGAACGCAAUCGUCUUUGGCAAAGUGUUAGACAAUCUAUGUCAAAAUUUCGUUCUCAUUUUAUUCGUAAUAAUAAUAUUCGUUCAUCGACAAGUUCUAUACCAAAUACACGUACAUAUCAAUGUCGUCUUCGUGAAACGAUUAUCACUACUAUACCAAUAUUAAAUACUGUAAAUGAUAAUAAUAAUAAUAAUAAUAAUAAUAAUAAUAAUAAUAAUCAGUCGUUACAUAAUCCAACUAUGAAUGGAUUAAAUAAUCAAAACUCUUUAGGUAUGGAUACUCCAUUUUAUCAUCAAAAUAAAAAAUUCAAUCAACAAAAUCAUAUACAAUCUAAUCGUGAAUCACAAGAUUCAACAUCCAUUUUAACCAGCUUUCCUAUAGUGAAUGAGUGUGAUGUGGAUAUCAACAAGGAACCGUGGUUUCAUGGUGUUUUGCCUAGAGCAGAGGUGGAACGUCUUUUACAGAAUCAAGGGGAUUUCCUUGUUCGACAAACAAGUAAACGUUCCAGUGGGCGUGAUACCUUAGCCCAUUGGAAUGGAACUAAUGGGGAUUCAAUCAAUGGUAAUCAUAACGAAACAGUAUUAAAUAAAGAUCAUAAUAUUGAUGGGACUGUUUUACGUAUGGUUUUAUCUGUCUUUUGGCAUGGUCAUAGACAUUUUAUUGUAUAUGGUGGACCAGAUUCAGGUGAAGGUUGGCAUUUAGAAGAUGGUCAUUUCUCUACAAUAAGGGAACUAAUUGAAUAUCAUAUGAAAACUCAAACUCCCGUGACAGCUAAAUCAGGUGCAUGUCUUAUUACACCAAUUUCAAGACCUGAUUGGGAACUAGACAAUCGUGAUGUACAACUACUACAAAAAAUUGGUCAGGGUAAUUUCGGUGAUGUUUACCGAGGUGUAUAUAAUGGAAAUGAAGUUGCAGUGAAAACUUGUCGUGUCGAUAUGACAGCAUCAGAUUUACGUAGAAAAUUUCUCCAAGGUGAAACAACUGCUUUAAAUUUCAAUCAUCCAAAUAUUGUCAAAUUAGUUGGUAUUGCAGUUCAAUCUUAUCCAAUUAUGAUUGUGAUGGAGUAUGUUCCAGGUGGUUCUCUUUUAAAUCAUUUACGUAAAUCAAAAAAUGCAUUGCCUGUUAUGAAACUACUUCAAAUGAGUUUAGAUGCUGCUAAUGGAAUGAUGUAUUUAGAAGCGAAAAAUUGUAUUCAUCGUGAUUUAGCAGCAAGAAAUUGUUUAAUUUCUGAUGAUGGUCAAUUAAAAAUAGCUGAUUUUGGCAUGUCGAGAGAAGAGCAUAUAUAUGAAUUAAGUGAUAAACGAGGUCAAAUCCCAAUUAAAUGGACAGCUCCUGAAGCACUUCGAACUGGUCGUUACACUAUUAAAUGUGAUGUAUGGUCAUAUGGUGUACUUUUAUGGGAAAUAUUUACUUUUGGUGAUGUUCCUUAUCGAAAUUGGUCUAAUCAACAAACAAGGGAUAUGAUUGAAUCAGGUUACAGAUUACCUGCACCUGAUUUAAUGCCAGUUUGGUUACGUACAUUAAUGAAUCAUUGUUGGCAUGAUGAACCAAUGAAUCGACCAAGUUUUAUAAAAAUUUCUAAUGAAAUUCAAAUUCCUAAUGUGAAUUCAUUUACACCAAAUUUAAAUAGAUCUAUAGAUCAUUCUAAACAUUGUCAAUUGAAAAUAUCUAAUCAUGAAAAUAAUACAUCAACAAUUCCAUUACAUUUAUCAAUUCCUAUUAAAGAUAGACGAACUAGAGAAGAUUAAUAUGGGGAUAUAUCUUGUUACCUAUGCAACAGACAUGCAAUUUUAUACAUAUAUACAGAGAUUGAUAGGUUUAUAUGGAUACUGAUCUGUCUUGUUACUAUGCCGCUAUACAUACAUACAUACAUACAUAC